CUGCCUCUGUGGAAGUCGGGUCCGACUCUGGGGCAACUGUCGUGUGGCGCACUUGUCCACGUUUGUCCGGUGUCGAAAAAGUAAAAAAAAAUAAAAAAAAUAGGCACAGUCACUGGAGGGAGUUUGACCGGCCUUUCCACAGCUCACCACCGGAGAAAGCGUGUCAAGUGAGCCGGAACAUUACCGGAUCUGAAACUUUUUUUAGUUCCUCCUCAGGAGACAGUUAAAGAAGAAAAAGUAAGAUGGCAGACGGUGAAGAGCAGCUCGUCUCCUCAACGACUCCUCUGUUCAGCGACGUGAUGCACCACUACCAGGCCGAACCGGAACCCGAGCCCAAAUCCGAGCAGGACCUGUUCAGUCUGGACGACAUCGUGGACUUGGUCGGCGGAGCUCAGGACGCUCUGGAGCGCCACAUAGCCGAAGACAGUGCGUCACACGAGUUCACAGAAACUCCCCCCGCUCCAGUGACGCUACUGGAGCCAGAACCGGUGUCGGUGCCGGAGGUACCGGACUCCACCAGCGCUUGUUUUAAGUCAGACCCCGUUUUAAGAGCAGAGGACCCGAUAUUAAUACCCCGCAAAGCCGAGCCGGAGAGCACAGAGAUCGAACCGGAGCCACAGGCUGCCCCUGAGCCUGAGCCAGAGCCUGAGUCAGAGCCUGAGCCAGAGCCUGAGCCACAGCCUGAACCUGCGUCGGACAGCGCCGCCCUCCCCGCGGCUGAACCCCGAAAAGCAGCGCCAGCCCCCGCAGAGGAAGCACCGGCUCCUGCGUCCUUCCUAGGUCGUCGUCAUCAUGACUGGAAGUUAAACCUCGACAGCAGAGAUGCACCUUCUCCUCCUAAAGCUCAGCCUCAUCUUCUGAUGCACUUCCCUACAGCACUUGGGCAGAAGGGUGAUUCCCCUGCUCCCAUCUCUCCUCUCUCUCCUCUUCACUCCCCCGACUCUCUGGAGGAGCUCUCCCUGACUGAGAGUCCAAACCAGCCCCCUACUUCAGCAUCUGCUGGGCCCCUGGGCUCCUUCUCCACUCAGCCCCCCACUACUCUUUCCAAGGGCAUGCCUUGGGAGCGUGAAGAGGUUGACUCCGGACCGGGUCGUAGUAAUAACAAGGAAGAUCUUCUAGAUCCAUUAGCUGGUCCUUAUCUGAGUUUAGGGAAAAACCCAGUGCCUCAUAAUCCAUGUGAAGACAGCGGAGUUUCCUUUUCACCUGAAGAGAAGCUAAUUAGCUCAGACAGGUCUUCCACUGGCCCCUCCCCUGUGAAUCCUCAGAUGAUGGUCCCCGAAUCUCACCUUGACUCCUCUAAUCCAACAGAGCACUGGGAUUCACCAUUCCUAACAUCUCAAGACAACUCCAAGGUCUCCAUGGAUAGCUUCUCUAAGAACACGGCCCCUAUUAGCGCCCCCAAGUACGAGCCAGACCUGCACAGUAACCAGUCUGAUGAAGAUGAUGACUUGAUGUACGAGGUGAAGAAGAAUGUUAACCCCUUUGAAGGCUUUUCCCCACUGGCGGAUAGUGGGUACUCUCAUUUUGGAGACUCUAAGUCUGACAGCAGAGCCUCUAAGAUGUCGGAGAGUCCCACUCCUGAUCUGGUCCAGUAUGGACAGACUGGAGAAUCCCAGGAUAGCCCUCCAUCUUUUGUAGAUGAGGUCAAAACAUUUGAGACCGCCAGCAAGAUGGCCACUGACUCACUCAUGCAGUCAAUGAAUCAGUUUUCAUCGGGUUAUAAUGAGGAUGAAGAAGAAGAAGAUGAGGAGGAGGAUUCCGCUCUUCCACCAUCGCUUCCAGACAUCCUGAAAUCUUCCCCACUCAACCCAGAAAAAAUCGACUCUGGAUCUUCAGAGGGAAGCCCAGAGGAGCAGAGCCCCAUCUUAGAACGAAGGAUGAUGGAGUCGCCCAACCCGCCAAUCAAUCUGUCCGCCAAUAACCCGUUUGCGUUUGAUGCUAAAGUGUCCCUGCUGAAGGAGAUGACUGAGGAGAUGGAGGUGAGGGCUGCUGACCAAGCAAAGGUUGAUGAUGACAAACCGUUUGGUGCAUUCGAUCUUGUCAGAGAGGCCAAGGAAACCACUCCAGUCAAGGUCAAAGAAGAGGAACCUGUCGAGAUCGAGCAGAAGGAUUGGUUCUCGAGCCACGAUUCCCCCAAAAUGGCUGAAAAAUUUGAGCCUCUUGACUUCCAGAGCAAAAAGACCCUGGCUGAGGAUUCAGAUUCAGAGUCCCCGACAGCAGACUCACUGUCUCCUGUCCUGGAGGCCAUGGCCAAAAACCCUGCCAGCUUCCAGGUGGAAACCGAGAAGAAGGACCUGCAGAUGGAGGCGGAGGAAGUAGAGGUGGCUGAGGAGGUCUCUGAGCAUGAAGUGUCCUCUGAGGAGUUUGAGUUCAUUGAGCGACCACCCAGGGGCGUCAUUGAUGAGUUUCUUGAGGCUCUGGAUACUUCCAAGUUUGCCUCAUCUAAGCCCCCUGAAAUCCCCAUGGAUGACGACCUGAGCUUCGGUCACACAGAUGUGGCUCCACCUCCAACAAAAGUUGCCCCACCCCCAGUGGUCGAGGAGGAAGCUCCAAGUCAGAGCUCCUACUGCCUUCUAACUCAGGCAUCACCACAGAAGAGCAAGGCCGAGCUGGAGAAGUUGAACAUCCAGCAGCCUCCGCCCCCCUCUGCUCCCCUCGACCACUCCCCCGUCCAAAAACCCGAGGAACCUGUCGCCAAGAAGAGUACGGUGGUUGGAAAACUCUUUAAGAUGCCAAACCUGAACAUAAGAGCAGUGGUGGAUCUCCUCUACUGGCGUGAUGUGAAGGCCACGGGCGUGGUGUUUGGCGCCAUCUUGCUGCUCCUCCUGUCACUGACGGUGUGCAGCAUCGUUAGCGUGUGCUCCUACAUCGGCCUGGCUCUGCUCUCCGUCACCGUCUGCUUCAGGAUAUACAAGGGAAUCCUGCAGGCCAUCCAGAAGUCUGAUGAGGGUCACCCCUUCAAGCAGUACCUGGACCAGGAGGUGGCGCUGUCCGAGGACAUGGUCCACAAGUACAGUGACAUGGCUCUGGCCAAACUCAACAAGGCCAUCUGUGAGCUGAGGCACCUGUUCCUGGUGGAGGACCUGGUCGACUCCAUCAAGUUUGCCGUGUUGAUGUGGAUCCUCACCUACGUCGGUGCCUUGUUCAACGGCCUCACUCUCCUCAUCCUCGUUGUGGUCGGAGCGUUCAGCUGCCCGAUCGUCUACGAAAAACACCAGGCUCAGAUCGAUCACUACGUGGCUCUGGUCAACAACCAGAUCAAAGACGUCGUGGGAAAGAUUCAGGCAAAGGUUCCCGGGAUGAAGCGUAAGGUGGAGUGAAGCACCGACAGGUCGCAGGCUGCAUUCAGGAAGUCUUGAGAAGGAUGCUGGUGGGGGGGGUGGGGGGAUGUGUGUGUUAAAGAAGGUGUGAAGAGCAGGGGGAGGGGCCUGGUGGUGACACAGCCCUUCUUACUUCAGUUGUCAAAAAAUAAACACUUUUUUUUCCAGCUCAGAAUUCCUGUUUUUGUGUUUUCUGGAAAAGUCGGAUCAGUUUUACGUCGAUGUUUUUUCUCCGUUUUUAAUUGACCCCUCCCUCUCUCUCUCUUCACCCAGUGCAUUGUGGGAGGUCGGCCGCCUCUUCGGAUGGUUUUUACGUGAUGUUGUUUAUUACACGUUAUUGUUCUGCGAUGACGAGCGGCGGAAAAAGUCGUUUUUUUUUGUCGUAGGGUUUCGAGUACUUUGUGAUUUUUUUUUUUUUAACCAUCAAAGUCAGAGCUCACGUCGUCGAUAAAUCUGCUGCGUGGUUUUUCCUCGGACGUGAUGAACGGAUGAAGUGGUGAACAGCGUCUUUGACUUCUGGUAGAGCGGCGGGGGUGGGCGGGGUUUGAGUUGUAUAAUCAUAGAAAAAAAAAACAGUCACUGCUUCUGCGUAACUUUAGCUACAAACAUCUAGAAACACACACAGUUAUCUCCAUGUCAUCGCAGUCGUGUCUGUACGGAAACUCGUUUACAUUCAUCCACGUCAGAGAAAACACGGAAAAAGUCUAAAAAAAACAAAUAAAGACAUGAAAUUUAAAAAAAUAAAGUAACCAUAAACUGUCUGUGGAGCUGAGUAUCUUAACAAAGUUACAAACGUCAUGUGACUUUUUGGGGAAAAACCUUCUGUUUGUUAUGCAAGUAUAUUUGUGAAUGAUAAACUUCAUACUUCAAUUGUGACGAUGAUUAAAAAGCUUCCCGUCCGUCGGGAGUCGUGUUUGUGGAAUGCAUUGUGAGAUGUAAACAAUUAUCAAUAAAGCUUCUAGAUGAAGAAAAAAAAACAACA